GAUCCAUUGAUUGGUAUUUCGCGAAGUGGAAGUAGUACAAGUAGUGCCUGCGUGAAUCUCACGGGAAAUAACUUGAAAUGGCAAGGAUCAUCGCAACGAGGAUCGUGCGUUCAAGUUCGAUGAAAACUGAGGAUAUCGAUAUCUGUCGGUUCAGUGCAAGCCAUCGGCUCUCUUCUUGCGGAAUACUAAAUUCUCGUGCUGGAAUAUUCAAUAUCGGGCAGAAGUAGUGGUAGAAGUAGUCGGUCGUGUUGGUCAGUCAAAAUGGAUCCAUUUGGUCGGAAUUCAAAUUCUGGCAUCUGACAAUGGUUUGAUUCUUGAAAUGACACAGGAGUUCAUGUCCCUAUGUAACUUCUAUCGAUCAUGGUGGAGGUGUAUGUAUGAUUGAUUUUCGUGAUCAUCAUGAUUGAAUUUGAAUACCUAUUCGGCCUACGAGCUAGUUCAAUAUUUCAACAUUGAGUCGACAAGUAGGUGUGAAGUUCUCGUCGUUUUGGAAACCGAAACAAGGAUUGAGACAAGUAAGAACAUUCUUGUAAGUUAGAUCCACCAGUUAUGAGGUCCUCAGAUGUGAAGUUUCAAAUUUUUCCAAAAAAAAAGCCAGCUAGUUUCCAUGCAUAAAUAACUAUAUAAUUCAGUAGCUAGCUAAGGUGGAGCGGUUUCGAGGUCCCCGGCUGCGAGCAGGCAUGGUGAUAUCGGGCGGGACCAACAUGGUGAUAUCGGGCGGGAACACGUGUCCGAAAUGGUUUCGGAUUUCGGGCACAAAAUUGCGCCUGCGGCUUUGCAAUAUCGUAUAUUAAUUUUUUUGUGUCGCGGUAAAACUUUAGUCACCAUGGUAUGCUUGAGUUUUUGCAUUUUCGUCCUCAGCUGAUAAGGCCCGGGGGGGGGGGCCCUUACCCCCCCACCUCCGGGCCAACCCGAGUGCCCAUUUUUGGGCUCUCACAGGAUUUUUGCACCGGUGGCACACGCCGAUUUUGCAGAUUUCGUCCUCAGAUAGAAAGGCCCCCCCGAGGGCCCCCCCGAAAGACCACUUUUGGUCGACCGGAGGGACCCCGUCUUCUCGGCUCCCCAAAGAUUCCGUGUCAUGCCCGCUGCCAUGCUUUAUGAUAUGAAAAGCGAAAACACAGCUGAAAACCUCACCCACUGCAGCAAAGACGGUGGCAGAAGGGGCAUCUGUAUGCGGUGGACACACUCCCGACCCUGGGGAAGCAGAAAUACACCUUAGGGCAAUAUCCGACAAGACACCGAGACCACGAAACCGCCCUACCUGAGCUAGCUAGUUCAUGAGAUAGAUGAUAAAUUACCUAAAGUAGCUAGAUUUUUUUUUCGAUUUUUUUCAAAUUUCACAUCUGAGGACCUCAUACCAGUAGCAGUACCUGUUUUCAUUAGUAUUGCAUUAUCGGAAGAGAACCCCACCGUUGCGGGAGAUAGGUUCAGUGUAUUUCGAUCUCCAUCGCUCGGCAGAAUGAGGAUCAGUUCCCUUUUGGCUGUUGUGCUGGCGAAAGGCUUCGUCGAGUUGGUGCAUGGAGCGAGGAGUAUUUAUUCUCUUGGCGCACCAGCUUCAGUAUCAAAUGGACCGGAGCAGGAUGAAAGAAAGCGUGAAAGCCGCACCGCCGGACGAUCGCGAUCUGCAAGGAGGACACAAAAAAAACCAUCGAUGCGCAGCCAGGAGUCUAGCCUUCCUUCAUUUGGCAGCGAGGUGUUUUCUAGUCUUCCUUCAUUUCCUUCGGUGGAUGGCGAAGAGGACGGGGGUGCACUUGAAGACCGUUCGCCAGCGGCACCGUCUCCCUUGCCGUCUGGACCGCAGCCCCGGCGGUCUGCGUCUCGCCGGUAUCCGUCUCGGCAGUCUCGGGCGGGCAAACCCUCACAGAAAGACAUGCAGGAUCAGACGCACCAUGGGCAGACUUCUGCACCCGGGCAAGGGAAUGGCGAUACCAGGAGCAGCAGUUUACCUUCUUUCAGCGAAUAUGGUUCGUUUGAUGAGGCUACUGGCCUUUUCAAGAAGGUGACAGCGCGUGGCAUUCCAGAUGCAACGGAGCUAGCAAGAAAUCGUUACCAGCGGCACCCGUCGCGGUCCGGGCCUCCUGGUCGUGCUGUGCCGAGGCCGGUUGCACCACGAGGGGGCGACGAGCUUUCGGUCAUCAAGAGCGAAGCGGACGAGAAGCUGAAAGAACUCACGAAAGACGGAGAAAUAGUCGGAAAAGAAAGACGAAGGAUUGAAGGAAAAGACGAAAAAGUUGCAGUAACCGAUUACUACUAUGUUUGGCAAGCCUGGCCUUUGAUGCAGAGCGGGAGGGCCGUCAGUCGGAUUCCGCCUAUUUACUACAGGAUGGUUGAUGUUGCUGCCACGAUUGCCUCGGCGCACAGCCAGUUGACGGCUGCUGGCUCUACGCCGAGGCAAAUUUGCUUCUUUGCUCAGAAACAGUUUCUGGGCGAUAUGGGCUCCAAACUUGGCAAAUUUGUGGACUUUGCUGUGGAGAAACGUAGCAAGCAGGAGCAGACGGAAGACCAGACGACUGAAGACAUUCUUUCUGGGCGCAUCGCUGCAAAUCACGCUCUGCAAAUUGUUGAGAAAGUUUUAUCUGUGCGCCCCGAAGGUGAGAAGGGCUUGUCGUAUGGCAUUCUGAUCCCGGACCCAGAGGAUCGUUAUUCGGAGGCCCCUGCUGAGCUUCAGACAGACGCGCUCCCGCUAAACCGGCACGGAGUCUUUACCAAGGCUUGGCUGAGCACCAUGCAUGCAAAAGCUGGAGUGGGAGUGCAUCUGCAUGCAGAUAGCCCCGGAGGUGCGCCAGAGGACCCGAUACUGGUGUCUUUCUUUGGCGACUACGUCCUCGUGUCGAAGAAGAUGUUCGUGGUGAAAGUUUUGGACAAACUAGCACAGAAGGUGCAAGCGAUUGUCGAACCGAAGGAAAUCAAGGAGACGCUAGGUGCGAAAAUAGAAGAUGUCAAACGGGUGCUCCUUCGCCGUACUGCUUAA